AUGGCCGACAACCCCUCCGCCUAUGUCCACCUGGUCGGCGAGUGCUCAGCCAUUGAGACACAUCUGCGCGAGUGCGUGGCCCAGCAUGGGCCGGACGCCGCGCAGGAGGGCGGCCCCUGCGCCGAGCUCCACACCAGCCAUCACGACUGCAACACCCGCAUCAAGCCCAUGCUCGCUUUUAUCAAGGGCCAGUGUCGGGAGUAUAUCUACCAACUGCACUUGUGCAGCAGCCAGCAGGCCGACCAGAGUAAGGCGGUUAGCGCUUGCCUGGCGCAGAUUGAAGCCCUUCGAGCUUGCAACGAUCGGGUCGGGGCGGAUCUCCUCCGCCAAAGCCAGCUCAACGCCGAGGCCGUCACCCGGCAGGCGGACUUCACCCCCGAGGAGGCAGAGAUGUUGCUCAUGGGCCCAGGCCGGCGGCAGGCCUGA